AUGCCCUGGGGAGCCGCGCUCGGCCCCCUCUGCCCCGUCGCGACGCCCUGGGGAGCCGCGCGCGACCCCCCGCUGCCCCGUCGCGACGCCCUGGGGAGCCGCGCGCGGCCCCCGCUGCCCCGUCGCGGCGCCCUGGGGAGCCGCGCGCCGUCUCCCGCGCUGCUGCCCGCGCUCGUGCCACGCCCUGUAGCAGCUGCCGCGGAGCCCCCUGCCGCCGUCACGGCCCCGCCCUGCAGCAGCUGCCGCGGAGCCCCCUGCCGCCGUCACAGCCCCGCCCUGCAGCAGCUGCCGCUGAGCCCCCUGCCGCAGUCGCGGCCCCGCCCUACAGCAGCUGCCGCGGAGCCCCCUGCCGCCGUCACGGCCUCGCCCUGCCGCUGUCACGGCGCUGCCCUGCAGCUGUCGUGGCCCCGCCGUUGCCGCCGUCUGGGGGAUGAGAGGGAUGGGGGAAGGGCGUGGCGGGACCGCCAGCAGAGACACCGCCGCAGAGACCCCCGCCAGCAGCUACACCGCCAGCAGAGACCCCCGCCAGCAGCUACACCGCCAGCAGAGACCCCCGCUAGCAGCUACACCGCCAGCAGAGACCCCCGCCAGCAGCUACACCGCCAGCAGAGACCCCCGCCAGCAGCGCCACCGCCAACAGAGACCCCCGCCAGCAGCUACACCGCCAGCAGAGACCCCUGCCAGCAGCGCCACCGCCAGCAGAGACCCCCGCCAGCAGCUACACCGCCAGCAGAGACCCCCGCCAGCAGCUACACCGCCAGCAGAGACCCCCGCCAGUGCCGCCGUGAGAAGGAGCAGAACUGCCGCCUCCUCUUCCUCUCGCUCCUGCCGUUGGGGGGGGGGGGGGGGGGGGCUGAGGGGGUGGCGGUAAGGAUCUGCAGGGACUGCUGUGGGUGGGGCAGGGGUGUGGAGGAAGAAAAGGGGGAAGGGGGUGCGGUCCCAGGGGGCGGCUGUUAUGGGGGGUGA